AUGGCUCAUAUAUCCGAGGCUGAUAUCAGCUUUACUGACCUAAAGACCUUGCUCUUUGACAGCCCAUGUGCCUGGAGAAACAGCGACUCCGAAUCAAGUGACAGUGGUUUGGGAUCGCCCGACUCAUUAUCAGAGUGUUCCUCUGAUGGGAGCCCAGUUUCUUUGUGUGGAUCCCUUGCCAGACGUUCACUUUUCCCCUCCAAAAGGCAGCGCGAAGACUUGGAUGAUCAGGAAGAUUCUCCAAUCAAACGUUCAAGACAAGAGCUGAUAUCCUUGGAUUGGGAUUCCGAUGAAGAAGAAGAGAGAACGCGAUCUGCUGUGGAAAAGUUGCAAGCUGCUGACCAAAACCUUAUUGGUGAUGGCACAAGAGUACACACCCUUCCAACGGUAGAGACGAGAAACCACAGGGAUUUGAAGACUGUUACUCCUUCAACGGUUCAGCUACUAAUGAAAGGGCGCUUUCCCGAGAUUAGCGAGUAUCAGAUCGUUGACUGCAGGUACCCCUACGAAUUUGAGGGAGGACAUAUCCAAGGUGCCGCCAAUAUAUACACAGAGAAAGGCAUUUCAGAGCUUAUUAAACGCCCUGCUAGCCAACCGACAGUUUUGAUUUUCCAUUGUGAGUUCUCAUCCGAAAGAGGUCCUAAAAUGUAA